GCGCUUCCUUGGUACUGCAAGAGCUGCUGCGGGCCCUCGGGGAGACCGUGGUGGAAUCAUGCAGAGGCGCGGCAGUGUGCGAAGUGCAAGCUGGGCAAGGGACUGGUCUUCCACAGCGUGCGCCAGCCCUCGGCCCCCUCCCAGCGGAAGAAGGGCAAUCAGGGCGGCAGCGGCAACGGCUACUGGGACGACUCCGUCAAGGUGGCCAAGCUCAAGUCCGAGCUCGCCGAGGCCCGCAAGCGGCUUGCCGCUGUGCAGAGGCCGCCGCCUGGCGGGGAGGACGUGCAGAUGGAGCCGGCCGCGGACGGAGACGGCCCCGAGUCCGUCGCCAAGGACAGGCUACGCGAGGUCGGCGACCUCAUCGGCAAGCUCAAGGGCAUCACCGAGCCGUCGGUCGUGGCCACGCGCGACAAGCUGCUGGCCGAGCAGGCCGAGCUGCGUGCUAAGGUGGCGGAGUCCCGACCGCUCGGACAGCGCUUGCGCGAGAUGGGAGCUCAGUUCACCAGGCUGCAGAAGCUGCGCGACGACCAGCAGACCAAGCUCGAUGGGCUGCAGGCGCAGUUGCGCGACCUGCAGGAGAAGGAACGGCUCACUCGGGACAAGCUGGCGGCCCUCGACGCUAGCAUGGAGGAGCUGGACCAGGAGCGCAAGAGGCUUCAAGGGCAGGUUCCGACGCCUGGCGACAAGGCGUCGCUCGACGAGCCGAUCAAGGGGGUUGGUGCCACGCUCGAGGGCCUCGGGAUCUUGCUCCAGAGCCUGGGCGCCGAUCACCAGCUGUCGGGCAGCCUCACGGCGAGCUUCCAGGAGCUGCAGAGGUUGCAGGAGGAGGAGGCGGCAAAGUUGGCUGCCCAGAGGGCGCAGGCUGAUGCUGGGGCCGAGGCUGGUCCCGACGUCGAGCAGGCCGAGCGGCAGGACGACGCGGCAGCGCCUCGCACACCACAGCCAUCUGCCUUCUCCGACGACCCUGAGUUCAUGGAGGAAGUCGUUGCGGCUGGGGGCGAGAAGCACAGGCUGGAGGAGAUCUUCAUGCGUUGGGGUGCCAAGGAACAUCAUGCCAAGGCCGAGGGCGAUGCUUUGGCGAAGUUGCAGAAUAAAGUAAGAGCUGCUGGGUACCAUGGUAUAUGGGAGCCCGCCCUACCUGGGCAGGGAGUUGGCAGCAGAGGCGGGGUUGCGGUGCUGGCCCCGCUGCGGGUGGUCAUCACCAAACCCCCAGGCCUGGACAGUCACGUGCUGCAGGAAGGCAGGAUGAUGGCGGCCCAUGUCCACGCUGGGGUGAAGGGCGGCUUCGUCAUGCUGUCGUGCUAUUUCAUUGUGGACGUCAAGCUGUCGCCCGAGAACCUGGCCAUGCUGUACAAGCUGUACCAGUAUGUCAGGUCGCUGGAGGCCAUGGGCGUUCCGUGGAUCGUAGGAGGCGACUUCAACAUGGAGGUAGGCGAGCUCGGCCCGUUGUCCUGGCUCCAGUCGGCCAAUGGCGUGGUGCUGGCGCCGAGAGAGCCGACUUGUCUUCAGAGCCUUCCUGGCCGCACCAUUGACAUGUUCAUGGUUUCUUGCCGUUUGCUGCCUCGCGUUCGGCAACCAGUGGUCGUCGACGCGGAGACGUGGCCGCAUCUACCAGUGACCAUGGAGCUCUCCGCCACGGCUUUUGACGCGAAGGUUCCCCCCCGACUGGGACCCGCCUUGGCGAUCAUCCAGAGCGCGUCGGACAGCGAGGGCAUCACCAGGGCCUGGGACGUCGUGCUCAGCGGCAUCGAGUUCGAGCUGCGGGGCCGCUACGACGUCGUGAAGGACGUGGCGGGGUACUCCACGGUGCCAGGCCCCCCGACCUUCGAGCUGGCGAGUUUUCACCCUGUCGUGAAAGGUGCCUGGAGCAGGAGGUCGGCGGACACCCAGGCCUGGGCGCAGGCUGCGCGCUGGGCUCGUCACCUCAGGAGGGUUCGAGUGGCCUUGCAGAGCUUCGUGCUCCAGCUUCGCCCGCAGCAGGUCUUCGAGCUCGGCAGCGUCGGCGAGGCGCACGUCGACGGAGUGCCUGGCCUGGGCGAUGGGGCACCCCCUGCUGCGGAGGACCUUUCGUGGGACGCCGUGCACUCCAAGGCGGCGCGCCACCUGCUGGAGUGCGUGAAUUUCUUCCAGAGAAUCUGGCGGAGGAAGGGAGUCUGGCCGCACCUGGACGCCGAGGCCGUCGGCUUCUUCUCGCGUGGCAUACUUGCCUUAGCGCAGGCAGACUUCGAGCAGCAGGUCGACCGCAUCCUGAGUAUCUCCUCCGAUGCUGAGGCCAAGCAUGAGAAGGCCGUGAUGCAGAGCUGGAGGCAGUGGGCGCAGGCAGCUUUUGUGGCUGGAGCCAAGGGAGCUCACCGAUUCAUGAAGCCCAAGGCUCUCCAGGAGAUCGUGGACGGAGGCAAUGGGCUACAACAUGGGUACGUACUGGCUGAUCGUAAGCUUGAAUACUGGGAAAGCUUCUGGGUGCGGCAUGGCGGUGAGCUGGCUCGCCGACCUGUUGAUGCUGACACUUGGGAGCAGCUGCCAAGGCUUGAGGCGGCCGACGUACUCAAGGCAAUCCGUUGUUUCUCUUGGCAGACAGGCGUCGGGCAGAUCAACAUCGCGCCCAGGGCCAUGGAGCACCUCUCCCACGGGGCGCUGACGGCCAUGGCGCGCCUCUUCGAGCGGUGCGAGCACCUCCUGCUGUGGCCAGACGGCAGAUUCCUCUCGAAGCUCGUGAGACUCCCCAAGCCAGGGGGUGGGGAGCGCCUGAUUGUGCUGAUGAACACGCUGGUCAGGAUCUGGGGACGGGCGAGGCGGCCUGUCUCGGCAGCGUGGGAGAAGGCCCAUGCGCUCCCAGAGGUCUGGGGCCACACUGGAGGCAAGUCGUCGAGUGAUGCGGCCUUUGAUUUGGCGCUCACCAAGGAGAUGGCGACCCUGUGCGAUGACGACGCCAUCAUUGUGCUGCUGGACAUGCUCAAAUGCUACGAGCUGGUCAGGCAUGAUGCCAUUUUGUUGGAGUGCAGGGCCAAUGGAUACCCUAUGCGAAUGGCGUUCAUGCUCGUGCAGAUGUACCAGCAGCUGCGUUCGGUGUACUCGUAUUCUUCGUAUUCAGUGGCGCGCAGGGCGUAUCAGGGCAUCCUGGCAGGCUGCACCCACGCCACUACGCUUCUCAUGGUGUUGUUGACUCGCAGCAUUCGCCAGACGAUGUCGGUCGCUCCUCAGGUUCAGCCCAAGGACUUGGUGGACGACGUCGCGCUGUGCUGGGUCGGCAACGACCCGAGCGGGGUGCGAGAAAUGGCCAUUGCCACUCGUGCGUUCUGCAGGGCUGUCUGGCCCCUCGGGCUGGUGCUGCAGAUGGAUAAGUCUGGGCACCUUACGACGUCCAGGCGCACCAGCUACCACUUUCAGAAGUACGCUAGGCUGCUGAAGAUCGCUGGCAAGAGGCACAUGCGGUAUCUUGGCCACGACCUAGCUGGGUCGUCGGCCACAAGGGCCGUGCAGAAGGGACGCCUGAAGGCCAUGCACGGCAAGAAGGCCAGCGUUCGAGCACUGCAGAAGGGAGCAGGACGACAGCGGGCGGCUCGGCUCUGGGCCACGGGUGUGCUGCCAUCCGUGGGGCACGGAGCCACGGUCAGCGGCAUCAGCGACACGGAGCUGCAGCAGAUGAGGACCAUGGCUGGCGUCUUCUGUGGCUACAAGGGGUCGGGCUCCCUGACGCUGUACCUGGCCGCGCAGCAGUGGAGCUUCGACCCCAUAUUCCACGCUACCUUCAGCAUCGUGGGGCAGUACGCGGCGGGGGUGUGGGAUGGGCGGGUGACGCUCUCCCGACUGCAGCGGGCCUGGAGAGUCAACUGGAACAUGGCAAGUUCUACAAUCUUGGUUGACGAUGAGGGCCUGCAUAUCAGUUUGCUGCAGUAUUGUCCCAGUGAGGUGCUGUUUUUCCUGCGUCGCAGCCUCGACCGUUGGCAGAGCCAUCGUAUCCUCGACCAGCUGCCUGAGGCGCCCCCAGCCGAUGGUGACGGCAGGCGGCAGCAGCAUGUGUGGCUUCGUGCGCUUCGACUGGGACACGCCUCCUUGGCGCCUGGCCACAGAGGGGCUCUGGCCAAGCUGCAGUCCAACGGGUUCUGGUCGCCGCAGCGCCGCAUGCAGGCUGGCUACGGCGGCGACGGUUCGUGCGAGUUCUGCGGGGAGGCCUGCUGCGACCUCGAGCAUGAGAUCUUCGGCUGCAAGGUAUUGCAUCAGCAGCAGGAGGACGAGGAGACGGAGCCGUACCCCGAGGAGGUGGCCAAGAGGAGGAAGGACAUCCUGGAGGCAGCCCCGUGGCGCGACGGGGGCCAGGUGCAGGACUUCUCGGCCAUCGACGUGCUCUACGCGCUGCCCCUGAGGCCUGUUUUCAGGCCGCUGCCUGCACGUGCUCAGGCUGAGCGCGAGUGGGGGGCGAUCGACAUGCCGUGGCCGUCGAAGUUGUACGGGGACGGGUCCUGUCUUGAAAGUGAUUUCCCUGAGGAACGGCGCUGUGGCUGGGCCGUCGUGGCACUGACCCGAGACCUGUGGCCAUACAAAGCUUUGUUCGGGAGCCUGGGGGGCCCUAUCCAGACGGUGCCCAGGGCCGAGCGCGUUGCUGGUCUCAAGGCCCUGCAGAGGGCCCAGAGGCCAGCCACGUACGUGACUGAUCAUUUACAGCUGCAGGUCGAGGGAAUGGCCUGGGAGGGUCGUCAUGCUUCUGCCAGAGCGCCUCACGCGUCCAUCUGGCGGAGCAUCCACGAGCUGUAUAGAGGCGACCCUGUCAGGCCCGUGUUUGUUUGGACGAAGGCCCAUCGGACCGUCAUCGAGGGGUUUGAUGCCUGCCUGGCUUCCCAGGAGCCCCUGGAGCAUUUUUUCGGUAAUAUGUGGGCUGAUGUUUUCGCCCGCGUGGCUGCGGCAGAUUUCCUUGGAUCCACCUCCGUGGUCAAG